UUUUAUUUUGAAAGUAUAAACGGAAGUUGAGCUUCAAUCAUUUGGACCUUUACACUAGCUCAAAUGGGUAGCUAACAGUAGAUGAGAAGUUUCCUGCUUGUACUUUGGUAAAGUCACUGCACGGGACUUCAUUGAGCUAUGGGAAACAAAGACAAAUAGUCCCGUGGUUUGGGGAUUUUUUUUCGACGCAACAGCCGGGUUGCAGCAGGUGGAAGCGGCCGCCGCCGACACAGAGAUGAUCAACUUAAACUGGAAGCCAUUCAUCUACGGAGGAAUAGCCUCGAUUGUCGCAGAAUUCGGUACAUUUCCUGUGGACUUGGCUAAGACCCGGCUACAGGUCCAGGGUCAGUGCCAGUACAUGGAGGUGCGCUACCGGGGCAUGUUCCACGCUUUCCUAAGGAUCGGCAAGGAGGAGGGAAUCCUGGCGCUCUACUCUGGGAUUUCCCCGGCUCUUCUGAGACAAGCUUCCUACGGUACAAUCAAAAUAGGAACAUACAACUCUCUGAAGAGGAUGUUCGUCACUCACCCAGAAGAUGAGACAUUGAUCAUCAACAUCUUCUGUGGGGUCGUAUCCGGAGUGAUGUCCUCCGUUCUGGCCAACCCCACUGACGUCCUCAAGAUAAGAAUGCAAGCGCAGGGCAGCCUGCUGCAGGGCAGCAUGAUGUCCAACUUCAUCAACAUCUACCAGACCGAGGGCACCAGAGGGCUGUGGAGGGGUGUUAUCCCCACUGCCCAGCGGGCGGCCAUUGUGGUCGGAGUGGAACUUCCUUUCUAUGACGUCACAAAGAAGCACCUCCUUCACUCUGGCCUCGUGGGAGACACCAUCCUGACACAUUUCAUGUCCAGUUUUACUUGUGGCCUGGCCGGGGCCAUCGCCUCCAACCCUGUGGAUGUGGUUCGGACUCGCAUGAUGAACCAGCGGGUUGUGUCUGGAAGCCCCAUGUACAAAGGAACGCUGGAUGGAGUGAUGCAGACUUGGAGUAACGAGGGAUUCUUUGCUCUUUAUAAGGGAUUCUGGCCAAACUGGCUGCGACUGGGGCCUUGGAAUAUAAUUUUCUUCAUCACGUUCGAGCAGCUGAAGACGCUCCCGUUUUAACGCGGGCCGCACGUGGGACCGCGCUGGUCUGCUGGACAUUCCCAGAGAUAAGUGGAGUUUGAACAGAGCAGCAGAUAGGAGUUUAUGUGCACCAGCAAGCCCCGACUCUGUAAAUAAGACAGAACCUCACACUGCACUGGUGUAAAUAUUUUUUUUACCGUCACUGUUUUUGUUUUCGUGCCAUUUUAGUUCCACGCUGUCACGUUGGAUACUCCUCAGGCAGCUAAGUGUGUGGAGAGCUGGCAAAGAAGGGAGACUGAAUAAAAUAGGUCGCUCGAGUCACGAACUAAUAAAAAAAAUAUUGUUAUCCUCAUCAUGCACUCAGGUUUCCUGCAUGUUUGUGUGUUUAUCUACUGAACUGAUUGCUCUUUUAUUUGUCCAACAUCAUAAGAUGAGUCGAACACUGGAACGUCUGAUCUGAGUGCACAUAGCUUCACGCGGCGGAACAGGGAUAAUGAAAAGAUUCUUUUUAAAGCCACGAUGCUUUAUGCUUUAUAGAAAAACUGAACAAAUGACAGGCUUACUGUUACAGGCUGGAGGUAAAGCAGAUGUCCUGACUGGAAGGAAGUAAUAACAAACAUGAAAACAUCUGUUUUUAUGUGAAAAGAGUUAGAAAAUCCAUCUAUAGGAAGAUUUUGGUAAAUAAAAUAUGCUGUUAAAAUCCCAACUGAACCAAAGUCUCCGAAGAGAAAAGAAGUGACACAUUUGCAUUCCUAUUUAUAUUUAUACUUUAUUUUACAGAGCUGCUAAUUUUAAUGAAGUUUUUUUCUUAUUUUGCCUCAGAAUGACAUAUUCCUUUGAAUUUGUUCACCUCCGUUCUGAGACAGCAACAGGGAACAGGUUGAUCAUCUCUGUCCUGAUAGGGUAUAUAAUGUAAAUGUCUGUACAGUCUCAUUCACCCGUUAACGGUGAAUGUACUUUCUGUAAAUCAGCUGUACAUUCAGUUUUUUACUUUGUGCCAAACAAAGUAUUAUGUCCACGGUGCCAUGGUGCACCAUGGAUUCUUUUAGGCGCUGUUACAUUUCUCUGCAGCUGCUCCGUUGCAACACAUCCAAAUAAGACUCUUUGCAUGCAUUAAGAAGACCAAAUUAAAUUUUAAACUAACUUAUAUUUAAUGUGUUGCAUAGGUCUAAAGACAUUACACCUAAAUAUUCACAUUCCACAUCACCAAACAUGUUUAAAUGUCAAAUGUUAUUUAUGUUUCUUUUAAAAGCUAGAGAUGUGGAUUUUACUUGAAUAUGAGUUAUAUUUAAAGCUGGGUGUUUAGUGUUUAGAAAUCUUCUUGGGUUUGUGGACAUGUUAUUAUUUGCUAUUAUUUGUUAUUAUUGCUUCUUAAUAAUAAGAAGAUAUAUUAUAUUAUAUAUUAUAUAAAAGCAAAUUUUUUCGUAUUUGCUUUUUGUUUGUGAAAAUGCAAAAUGCCUUUCAGUCAUUUCUGUUCUGGCCGAGGCUGAUGACCCACAAAAAAGUUUUUAAAAGGUUUCAAAACAACAAAAAUGUCUGCGCUGUUCAUAUGGUUUUAAUGGGAAUAAGCACCUGACUCAUGUUUCCUCUGCAUUUAUGGAGUAAACAGUGACUGUCUUCUGGUUUCUGUCUUUUUUUAUAUAUUUUUCUUUAAUCCCCACUAUAAUUUAAUAAUUAAGAUCCCAACUGCUACUGGUUUGUUCUGACUUUCCUAGAGAAACAUUUUCACGCUCUUUGUUCAGUCGACAGAAAAUGAAUCAUCCUGGAAAAUGACGUCGAGAUCAGCAGCUCAUUGUUUUAACUCUAGAUUAAUAACAUUUAUUUUUUUUACAGAAAUCAAAAUCACAUUCUGAAUCAAUUAUUUUAAUCCAAAAGAAAAAUUUACAAUUACAUCUAAAAUUAUUUAAGGCUUGUUUAAAAAAAUAAUUACCUCUUGAUAAAUUCAUGCCUUUUGGGGGGUUUGUCCUGAAAACCGAUUUGGAAUAAUUGUCUAUGUUCCACUCAUAGUCCACUGUAAGGAAAUUCAGCCAUGUGACUCUAGUAUAUAAGAUCUACCAGCAAAUGGACAUUUCAAUUUUCUUUGAUCAGAGGUCAGCAGACAACUAGCAUUAAUGGGAAUCAGGACCAAAUUAAAUGGAAAUAGGGUAUAACUCUUCAAUUGUUCUUAAAUAAAAAAAUAAAAGUUAAAUAAGAAUUUUUUUAAACUACUCCUCUCCACAAUCAAAAACACUGCUAAGAACAAACAAACUUGUGCUGUGAUUUUUGUACAUUGGUUUGACAUUAUUCAUAGUUAGAAUGUGGAAGUAGUAUUCUGUAUAAUAUCAACUCGUGGGUACAAACUGGAGAAAAAGUAAAUCAAGUGAUUGGAAUUAAGAUUUCUAGAUUUUUCUCUAAUCUAAAUAUAGACAAAUAGAUAGAUUGAUAUUAUUUCAGGAUUGAAGUUCAAAUCACAUUAAAAAGAAAAAAACAAUCAAUAAAAUAAGAGAAAAGAAAGUACAUACAAAGGCCCCUUACUAUUCAGGAGGCAGUCAUAUCAAUGUCUCCAAAGUACAGAUGAGGAACUUACUUUAUUAUGACAUGCAAUAUGAUCUGUUGUCACAAAUUUCAAACCCCUGCAAUACAGCCUCAUAAGAUUAUUUCUAAUAUGACUGGUUAAUUUCAAAAAUGCUACAGCAUCUGUUUCAGUUUGAAAGUUUACAAAAAAGAUUCUGCUGUGAGCUUGUAGGUUUUUGUUGACUUAAGCUAAAGUUUGAAACAUGUUUCUCCCUCAUGUUCUUCUGAAAGCUCUCCGGUUUCAACACAUUGUAUCCCCUUCUUAAUCAGUUAAGGCCUUUAAUUAUCGCUUUUCUCAUCUGCUUGAAAAGUUGCUGAAUGUUUGCUGCUGCGGAAAUGCAUGGACUGAAGGAGGAGUGUUGUGAUUGGUUGAUUGGUUGCAAGAAAACUCAAAAUGAAGAAAACAUAGAAGAAGACAAAUCACUUCUUUAGGAAAAUAAGAUGAUUAUUUGGUGUUUGUUUUUCUUUUCUUUUUUAACAGUUCAGAUCAUGAGAAAUUUUGGGUUUAAAAUUGGCAACAUUUUGAUUUACACAAAAACAAAGAAGCACUUAAAGUCACUUUGUUCUGUGCAUAAAACAAACAAGCCAGAUGUUAAAAAGGUUCUCAUCACCAAGUUUUAGUACUCAUUGCAAAGGUUUUCAUUGUUUCUGAUUGGUUUUUGGGCCAAAGGUUUGUUUUUGUCAACAUUUCAGGUAUCAGCAAUUAGUUCAAAUCUGUAUAUUCCGAAAAGCGUUAAGAGAACCAGUCAUUGUGUCUUUUGGAAUGGGAAAACAGAUUCAUCUCAUUAAAGUAAUCAGUUUUUCCAUCACAGCAUGUAGCUAUUAGCUCAUUUGCACAAUGUUGAGAAUAUAAAUGAAAACUGUUUUGAUGUGUGACUGAAAAGGAGUUGGUUCUCUGUCAUAAUUAUCUAUAUGAAAAUAUUCAAUUGGGGAAAAAAGUUGAAUCAUCUUCCAAUAGCUUUGUUUUUGGUCAAAUUUAAUGUUCUUUGAAGAGACUGUUCCUUUAAUAUGCACAAAACAGUGUUUGUGAAACCAACUGAGGUCUAAAUCUUCUUAAAGUUUGUUUCUAAAAUCACCAUAGAGAAUUUGAUCUGGAGUAUAUUUUUGUCUUUUUAUUUAGACAGCAAGACACCAUUUACAUUGUGUUGGCCAUGGUAAUACAUUUAUCUUCAUUCAAAAUUUCCAACGCCGUCAUCAAAAUAAGAAAGAAAAAAAUGUACCAUUCUUUGUGUAGAGCUCUAUUUACAUGGUGGGUUUGGGUGUUAGGCCAUAUUUAUAAAAGCUGGUGAGGUCUUGAUGUUCAGUCUGUGGCAUGCUUUUUGGUACCAUCAAAAGUUGGAUAUUCCAGCAGCUGAACUUGUGCAAUAAUAAUCGUUUGCAUUCAGAUGGUGUAGUUGAUACAAAAUGAAAAAGUCCCAUUCUUUGGCAAUAUUCUGCAUGAGGAAUGAUGUUGUGAUUUUACGGUCAGUAGUUGAACACUUCUCUGAUUGAACAAACUUGCACUAAUCAGAAAAUAGUCUGUGAAGUUUUAAUUCUAAUGGAUAGGCCUUGUCACAUCUCACUGAAGGAUGGCUGUUUUCUCUCUAAACUGUCGCAGUGUUAGCAUUGCAUUUAAAAACUUGACCACUAGAGGUCCUAUAAGGCUCUCUUAUAGAUAAAUUGUCCUGAAUUUAUCUUGAUGAAAGAUUUGGCUGUCUCAAGAUCCUGAAAAAGUUAAAAAGUUUAACUUCAUAUUAUUUGGAGAAAGUUUCAGCUUUUCAUCAGUUUUGAAUGUUUCUGUUUAAUAUGCACUGGGAUAUUUUCAUCUCUGUAAAUACUUGAGAUCUGCUAUCUGCUGUGUGAAGCCCAAUAAAGGCCUAUUGUGUGGAGAUAGCGUCAUACAUGCUUUGUUUUUACUCAUAAUAAACUGGUUAAAUAACUGUGAAUUCACUUUUUUAUGGAAAUGUGUGGAGCAUAUAUUUUUUGUUAAAGUUUGAUUUUGGCAGAUUUGGGGGGAACAUUUUCAAAUAUAAACAUCCAGUUUCUCUUCUGACUUGUGACUUCUUUCAUAUAGGAUUUUUUUAUUUUAAUAGUAUUACACUGAUCCAUUUGCAAAUACACAGACGUAUUAGUUAUUGCAUUUAAGGGCAUUUCAUAUUUGCAGUGAGUUAAAAAUUUGCAAACCAAUAAAUCAAUCUGAAAGGAGGCCUGUGUUUCUACUGCAAACCUGCUGAUGCAUUUUCUUUCAAAUGUUCAAAUUAUUUAACAGAGAAGGUAAUAAAUCAAUAAAUCAGUCUGCUUGGGAAAAAAAUACAAAUAUUUCACUGCCCAUGAUUAUUUGCUUGUAUCAUUGUUGUCUGUAUUCUCACUUUUCACUUGAUGAAUGUUAAUAUUGAAAGUUUUAUGUGAAUUUUUUUUUGCCACUUUGGUUUAAUGUUAUUUAUAUUUACUAAAUAAAGGACAUGCUCUGACUGUG